UUUCCCCCCCCACCCUCACACUCGGACGCCUGGGUCCCUUCCCCGGACGCCUGGGUCCCUCCUUGGGGCACCCAACUCAUACUGUCCCGCUAUGGCCCCACUGGUCGCUGCCCUCCCCAGUUUGGUGCUGCUGGUGACGCUGCCCCCAGGCUCCCUCGGGGGCUCGUGGGCCGCCUGGCUCCCCCCGUCCAUCUCGGGUCUAUCGGGCUCCUGCGUCUCCAUCCGCUGCCGCUUCUCGUUCCCCGAGGAGCUCCGGCCCCCCAGCAUCCACGGCCUCUGGUUCUUCGGGAGCCCGUACCCCAAGAACUACCCCCCGGUGGUGGCGCGCUCGCGGGGGGGCCGCGUGCACGAGGCGUUCUCGGGGCGCGCGCGCCUGCUGGGGGACCCGGCGCUGGGCGACUGCUCCCUGGAGCUGCGGCCGCUCGGCCCCGAGCUGGCCGGGAAAUACUAUUUCCGGGGGGAUUUGGGGGGUUACAACCAGUUCAGCUUCUCCGAACACACCGAGCUGGAGGUGUGGGAGCGCCCCUCCCUGUCCGUCCCCCCGGAGCUGGUGGCGGGCACAGAGGCGGAACUGCAGUGCCGUGUCCCCGAUAACUGCCCCGAGUGGCGCCCGCGGCUCAGCUGGGAAGGGGCCGAGGAGCUGCUCGAAGGUUCCGCCCGGCAGCGGCGCCGCGACGAGGACGGAGCGGCCAGCGUGUGGUCCGUGCUGCGCUUCCGGCCGCGCCGCCGCCACGGGGGGGCGCUCGUCACGUGCCGCGUCACGGCGGACAACGGGACCCUCGAGUGGGCGGCCAACGCCACGCUGGACGUGCAGUACGAGCCGCAGGUCCUCUCCGUGUGGGGUCCGGGGGAGGUGCUGGAGGGCUCUGCGGUGGAGCUGAGCUGCGAGGCCGAGGGGCGGCCGCCCCCCCUGCUCUCGUGGUUCCGGGGGCCCGCGGUGCUGCAGGAGGAACCGGCGGCCGCUGCGCUGCGCCUGUUGCUGCCGCGGGUACAACCGGACGACGCCGGCACCUACAGCUGCGUGGCCGAGAACCGCCACGGCCGCCACAACCGCAGCGUCGAGCUGCACGUGGCCUACGCCCCCCGCCCCCCCACGCUGAACGGGACCCUGUGGGUCGUGGCCGGGGAGCCCUUGACCUUGACCUGCGGCGCCUCGUCCCACCCGCUGCCCAUCGUGUCGCUGUCGCGGGGGCGCCGCCUGGUGGCCGUGGCCGUGUACGAGCCCCAGGUGACCUUGACCUUGGGGGCGGCGCGGCCCGAGGACGGGGGGGAGUAUUUGUGCCGGGCCGAGAACCAGCACGGCCAGAGCAGCCGGGUCUUCAAUGUCAGCGUGCAGUUCCCCCCCAUCCUCCUGCCCGAGUCGCGCUGCACCCCGGGGGGGGAGGGGGCGCGAUGCGUCUGCUCGGCCUCGGCCUCCCCCGAACCCGCCGUGACCUUCGAGCUCCCGUCGCGCAACGUCACCGUCACCGAGGGCCACCGCGACUUCACCGUCACCACCCCCGGCCGCGGCGCCGCCGGCGUCGUCACCGUCACCGGCGUCCUGACCCUCCGCGGGACCCUCGACCCCCGAUUGGCCGUCGUUUGCUCCGCCCACAACCCCCACGGGAGCGUCCGGCAGCAGCUGCGAUUCCACCACCCGGGGGGGCUGGUUUGGGCCAAGGUGGGGCCGGUCGGGGCCGUCGUCGCCUUCGCCAUCGUCAUCGCCCUCGUCUGCUACCUCAGCCAGAGCCGCCGCAAGUGAGACACGCCCCCCCGGGCUGGCCCCGCCCACCGGGGACACGCCCACUGGGGGGACACGC